CUUCUCCGCUCGCCGGAACCAGGUACCAGCUCCCUGCGUAGGGAAGGGCCGAAGCGUUCCAGGGAGGGGAUGAAGGCAAAAGCUCAGUAUAAGGCGGCCCUCAAGUUACUGAGCCGGCUCCAGGGCAAGGCGGAUAUCUCCCAAGAGGAGAAGUCUAAGCUAGCCUUGGCUGAGCAACGGGUACAGGAGGGUCGCGAACACUACGCGCAGCUGCCCCAGAUGAAGGCAACAAACGGUGGAUUCGCCAACAAGGUGAAGGAGAUGUUGGCCACACAGAGGCAACGCUCGAUCGAGAGUUCUGCCAAAGACACUUCGGCGAGCAAGCGGCAACGCGGGCCCAAGGAGGAAUGUAGGAGGACCCCAGCGCCCACGUUCGAAGGAGCAGGAUGGCUGAACGGGGUCAAGAUCCUCAAAUGGUGCCCCUACUGGAAGCUCUGUGGGAGGGGGCCAAGCUGGAGGUGGUAGACAGGGAGCUGAUCCCGUCCAUACCAAAGGCGAAGGUGCUCAUCCCCAUUGCUGUCCAGGGGGAGCGAGCACUGAAGCUGCUGCAGAGGCAAAAUCCGGACGUGCCAACGGCUGAUUGGAAGGUUCUGCAUGCCGGUAGCCCAC